CGGUGUUUUUGUGUUUUCUGCCCGGACAGGAAGUUAAAAAAAGCAAUCCAUAUCACAUCCGUGAACAAGAACAGCAACAACAAGAUCUGAGGCUAUCAAAGUUGAACUCAGGAAGUCUGUAGAUGCCAUCUGGAGCUCCAAAGGGGGAGAACUGUCUUGUAGACAUGGACAGCAAGGCUGGAGAUCUGUUCAGCGCCGAGGAUGCUCAUCCAACCGGAACAGGUGGAGCCGGGGUCCUGGCAAAGCUUUGGCUCCCCAAAGGCUUCUCAGUCAGUAUGGCCAAAGAGUGGAUGGACAAGCGCAGAGCGUCCAUUCGACCUUGGUCCAGCUUUGUAGACCAACGCAAGUUCUCGAAACCACGCAACUUCGGAGAGUUGUGCCAGAGAGUGGUGAAAAAUGUGGAUACUUACAACAGCAACUAUACCUUCAUCUUCAUGGGUCUCAUCCUCUACUGCAUUAUCAGCUCUCCCAUGUUACUGAUUGCCUUGGCUGUGUUCGUUGGUGCCUUCUACAUUAUUCACCUCAAGUCCCAGGAGUCCAAACUGGUCGUCCUCGGCAAGGAGCUGAAUGUCCCUCACCAGAUGAGUCUGGCUGGAGCUCUUUCUCUACCUGUGUUCUGGUUGGCCGGAGCUGGUGCUGCCGUCUUUUGGGUCCUGGGAGCAACGCUGUUUGUGAUUGGCACUCAUGCUGGUUUCCGUGAGCUGGAGGGAUCUGACAUGGAAGAGCUCUUCAUGGAACCUGUGUGAAGAACAGGCUGAACUCUCAGCAGGUGCUGCUCAACUAUCAGUCAUCACUUUGACCCUGUAAUAAUGUAAGCUCGGAGGGGUUGAGGAAAAAAACUGCUUCUAGAUCUGUUCCUUAUCUUUCUGUGCAUCCUGUAUUCCUAGUAUCCUACCUAGUGUUUUAAGAAUGCACCUUGUCUUGCCUCUGAAGUCGUGGCUGUUGCAGACUGUAUAGCUUUUUCAAACUUAUUCAUACAGUUCACCUCCAAUUUGCACAAAUGAAUUGUUCAUGAGUAUUUAAGCACAUUUUCAUGCAGACUAUAAGCCUCUCUCUACAUAUUUUCUAACAUGUAUGCCUCUGGUUUGUGUCAAGCAGACUCUUAAACUGUGUCAUAUCUCUCAGCUUAGGACUCUCUGUGCUCUUUUAUCUGCUGUAAAUUUCUUCAGCCUCUUCGUCUAAAACCAUCUGACUCAAUUGCAAACUUAUAUUUAACUUAUGCAACAAUUAUAUAGGUAAUGCAAUGUUUGCUAUUCUUAACAAUUGAAAAAAAAAGAUUUUCCAAAGCAAAAGUGCCAUUUAAAGCUAAUUUUUUUUUAUCUCUGAUAAUGAUUAUGUACAAAGAAAAUAAGAUUUAAUUCAAGGGAAUCGACAAAGGAAACCCUUUGGUACUUCAGGAGGGGUCAUUAACAUAGCUAGCUUGAUGGAAGGACAUCUUAAAAGGUCAGUAUAUUAUGGGGGAUUGCAUUGGGGAUUGCACUGUACUUUGCUGACUGUCUGUGUGCAUAUUUAUCAGCUUUACUUUCUAAAGGUUUUUUUGAAACAUUUACUCAUUUGUUUACACAUCGAUGUAAGUUGGGUGUUUUUGUAUUUCAAUGACAUCAUGGAAGUGCAAUAAACCGCUGAUGUUAA